AUGUCCGAUGGUGAGAAGAAGCCAACCUCGAAGACCAUAGAAGAGCUUUUAAAGCUCAUUUCGUUAGGCGAGCCGUUGACCGAUUCCGAAAGGAAGCAGAUGAAAGAUUACAAAUUCUGGAAGACUCAACCAGUGCCUAGCUUUGAUGAGCAAAUUGAAUCAGAAGGGCCUAUAGACGUCCAAAAGACUCCAGAUGAAAUUCCUGAUACUCCACUUCCACUUUUGAGUGGGUUUGAGUGGGAUACAAUAGACUUGGAUGACGAUAAGCAGCUUGACGAGGUUUACCAGCUAUUAUAUGAAAACUACGUCGAAGACCUGGAUGCCACAUUCAGGUUCAAAUACUCACACGAAUUCUUUCAAUGGGCACUUAAGCCACCAGGUUGGAGAAAAGAGUGGCAUCUCGGUGUGAGAGUUAAGGAUUCUAGAGUUCUUGUUGGCUUUAUUUCUGCAGUUCCAGUCACACUCAAGUUAACUCAAUCUAACAAAUCUAUCAAAAGUGUCGAAAUUAAUUUUUUAAAUGUACAUAAGAAAUUAAGAACUAAAAGGUUGGCUCCUGUUUUAAUUAAAGAAAUCACGAGAAGGGUGAAUAAGCAGGAUAUUUGGCAAGCCUUGUAUACUGCUGGUGCUGUUUUACCAUCACCUGCUUCCGUCUGUCGGUAUACCCAUCGUCCUAUCAAUUGGAUCAAAUUACUUGAAGUGGGAUUCUCACAUCUUCCAGCUAAUCAAACAAAGGAAGGAAUGAUGGCUUUCUAUGCUCUACCAAACACUACAAAAACCAAAGGCUUACGUCCAAUGAAAUAUUCCGACGUGGAUCAAGUCCAUGAGCUUUUCAGCAAAUACCAGCAGAGGUUUGAGUUGAUCCAAGUUUUCAGUAAGGAGGAACUCGCGCACUGCUUACUAGGAGGUACUCCAAACGGUCCAGCCUCGUCUGUUGUUAAGACGUAUGUGGUGGAGAAUGACCAAGGAAAAAUAUCAGACUUUUUCUCAUUCUAUUUGUUGCCAUUCACCGUACUAGAGAAUGAAAAACACAAAGAGUUAGGAAUUGCUUACCUAUUUUAUUAUGCUACGGAUUCUGCAGACACUGAAAACUACGUAAAAAGGUUGACAUCUUUGAUAAAUGAUGCAUUAAUCUCAUCAAAACAAUUUGACGUCGAUGUUUUCAAUUGUACGACUUCACAAGACAAUCCUCUAUUCAUAAAGAAUUGCAAAUUUGGAAUGGGAGAUGGUUUCUUGAACUAUUACUUAUUUAACUAUAGGACCUUUCCUAUUCAUGGUGGAAUCGAUUCAAAGACAAAGGAGGUAACCGAUGGAAAGGGUAGUGGGAUUGGCGUUGUUUUACAAUAG